ACCCCAAUCGGUGGGGACCCUGUGCAAAAGCUCGAUAACUUUCAACUGGUUGCCUAUGAGCCUAGUUUCUACUAUGGGUGUAUUACAGUGCCUUACUAAGCAACCAUAUAUAGACAUUGUUGACACGCUAGUAGUCAUCUGUGUGUACGUCGCGUGACUGUUAUUUAGUUAUAACUCGUGUAGUGUGCAGCCACACCAAUGAUCAUUCCAAAGGUGUGAAAUUCAAGCUGGUCAAAUCGAACAGCUGCAGCAGUCGUCUUGAGCUCGCAGGCACUGGAAAAACUCCUCCCGAUUUGUUGAAGAACCAACGAAAAACCAGCGCCGCAGAUCGUCCCAAACUCCCACUACCAACCAAAACCCCUAUGGUAGAUUCGAAUAAUAACGAUAAUAAUAGCAGCAACAACGGCAACAACGAAGUGAAACCCAAUGAUAUACUCCUCACCGAAGAGCCCGAAGAAUCGGUCCGCGACCUCGUCAACCGGCUGGAGAACAGCACCCUGAACGCCCGCAGCAAACCUCGGAUCAUCGAAUCCAAGUGUAUCGAGAAGUUGGACGAAUGCAGAGCCGCCGAACCAGCGAUCACCAUCAACUGUCAGUCGGCGGAGGUUGGGGAGGCUCCAGCGCCUCCUCCUCCUCCUGAACCACCCGCAACGGUUACGGUAAACAAUCACAUAACGGUUCCCGGUCAGCUACUGAUCCCACCACUGCUCAAGGGGGGUCAACCACCGGCGACGGAACCUGCCAAACCAUCAUCAACCUUCGAUCGUCCUCCGAAGGUCUGUCGCAAUAAGAACGUUGACCUGGCGUUCGCAGCCACGAUCAGCCACAACAAACCGAACAACAAGCCGGCCAAGGAGAAGGAGAACCAGGCGCGUAAAUCCUCGCUGGUUAUGACGAACUGCUCGGUGGACUCGGUGACGGAUUCGUCGUCGGAAGUCGUGCCCCCCUCCAGUGCGGCGGCUUCCGUCGCCAAGACAGUGACGUUCAACUUCCAACAACCGAAAGAUGAUGAGAAUAAUAACGAGCGGAAGGUCCCAAGGGUCAACGGCGUGGAGAGCGUCAUCAAGCCUAGUGCGAUCGUCGAGCAGGGCAGCAAGCAGGAGGAACUGACGUCGCCGAAGCUGGUGAACUGGAGCACAUUGGGGAAGUUCGACGAGAGACAAUACUUUGCGAACGAUAAGAAACUGAUAGAGAAACGCAAGUAUGAUGAUAUGGAGUUUGAGGAGUUCGAGGUGUUGGAUCCAAAUGCGCCGAUACAGCAGCAACAGCAGCAGCAGAGCGAAUGUUAUGAUAGUUUGAACAGUAGCAAGUGAGGAGGGAGGUAUAUGCUUCAUGGUGAACAGCUGUUGGGAUUGGUUGGGUGAAAACAGUGUACGGUAUUUAUAUCUGUUACAGUUAUUUAAAUAGUAUUAUAUUGUACUGCUUAUCUGUAGAAUGAAACAAUAUAUAAUUGUUAGUCGAA